AUGGCAUUUCUGCCACUUGUCAUCUGGAUAACUCUGGUAGCUUGUGGUUUUUGUAGUAACAUACCCUGUGGAAAAUCAUUUCUUCCCUGUGCUAAUGAAGCUCAGAAAACUGAUCGUACAGCUUUUUCUCGGGACAGUAAUGUUGUUGUCUCUCAUCGAAUUCCUGAUGGAUUAUUCUUCUUGGCAGCUAAUGAAGCAGCAAAGGAAGCAAACAGUUUGUUCAAUUACACAGAUCCUGGAUUCCAAUAUUCUGGACAUUAUUUAUCAACCAGUGUCAACCAGUGGAUACAACUUCACAGCAUUGACAAAAAAUCUGUUGACAAAAGCAGGGCAGCUUACACGUCUGUUGCCAUCACCAAACGUCUUACUUUACUUGGUCUGAGAGAACGAGAAUUAAGAUUCGGAGUUGGUGUCAAUCAAGUUGCCAACGCUAUCGGAAACUGUCCAAUAGCUUCUGCUGAAUUCUGUCAAGCCACAUCUUAUAGAUCAUUCUCAGGAAUUUGCAAUAAUGUCGCUCAACCCGAAUGGGGGUCAAGCAGUACGGCUUUCAGUAGAAUCCUGAAGCCGUCUUAUGCUGAUGGUGUAUCAAGAGCUAGGGAAGCUUUAUCUGGAAGAGCACUGCCAUCUGUUCGUGGAUUGAGUCUCUCUCUAUUUACAGCAACUAGCCAAGCUCACUCUGCUGUGACUACUAUUUUCCCUACAUGGUGGCAAGUUGUGGCUUCUGAUAUGAUAUCUAUCGUUCCACAUCAGGCUCUUAUCAACGGAGAACCACGGGCUCUUCCAUGUUGCAGAGAUGGAUUCAACCAUCCGGAGUGUGACUCUAUUCAAAUUCCACCUGCCGAUCCAGCUUAUAAGAAUCGCGUUACAUGCAUCCCUCAUUCCCGUUCUCUAAUUUCUCCUAGACCGUCUUGUGGUUUAGGUCCAAGAGAACAAGUAAACCUCGCUUCUUCGUUCCUAGAUGCUUCAGUCAUUUAUGGUUCAAAUUCCGAAAGAGCUCGUCACUUGAGAACAUUUAGAAAAGGUCAACUACGGACUGCUGGUAACGUCGGAGACUUACCAAGCACGGAAGGUUCAGUCAAGUGUCAAGCCGAACCCGGCAGAUGUGCUAUUUCCGGAUCGGAUGAGGUUAACAUCCUCCCCGGAGUAACAUCCGUUUAUUCAAUCCUUAUUAGACAACAUAACAAAGUUGCGAAUGAUCUUCGGGAAGUGAAUCGUCAUUGGUCAGAUGACAAGCUGUUUGAUGAGGCUCGAAAAAUUGUAUCAGCCCAACUUCAGCACAUUACCUUCUCUGAAUUCCUUCCAAUUCUUGUUGGUGUAGAAAACGUCAACAAAUAUGGUCUGAAGUUACAUCAAAGUGGCUUUGAUGCAGAUUAUGACUUGAACAUAGAUGGAGCUGUUCUUAAUGAAUUUGCUGUAACUUUCCCAUAUGUACUUUGGUCCCUCUAUCCACCUCGUGAUCCCGUUUUCACUUCCUUCAACAAUCCCAGUAGAGCGUUCGAAACCAGAGGAGUAACAAACCUUUUGAGACAUCUAAUGUCGUCCACAAUCUUCAAGCCAGCUUUGAGAGUAAAUGAAGAAGCUAAGAAUGAGUUCUUGAGAGACAACAGGGAUAUUGGGCUUGAUUUGAUCUCCAUUGCCCUAAAGCAAGGACGUGAUCACGGAAUCCCUGGGUACACUGUGGUUCGGGCACAAUGCGGGCUCGGAAAGAUUCGUUCGUUCCAAGAACUCAAAGACAGCUUCCAAUCCGAUGUUAAAUUUGAAUACAUCACUUCCAUAUAUGAAAGUGUUGAUGAUAUUGAUUUACUGAUUGGAGUGUUGGCAGAGCAGCCAUUGAAGGGUGCUUUAAUGGGACCAACCAUGGCAUGCAUCGCCAGUAAACAAUUCCAGAGAACAAGGCGCGGUGAUCGUUUCUGGUAUGAAAAUUACUUCUCUCCUUCUGGAUUCACUGAGAAUCAAUUGUUGGAAAUCCGCAAAACGUCUCUUGCUGAACUUAUCUGCACCAACACGGAGUUCAGUAAGAUUACAAAAAAUGUUUUCAUGGUGGAAGACAACUUCGAUAACAUGCCUGUUUCAUGUAACUCUAGCGUUUUUGGAAAAAUUAACUUUGAGCAUUGGAGAGAUUUUGAGGGUCGGCCAACUUUCCCAGUACGUCAGGAGACAAUCGAAAAGAUUAUUAACUUGGCAGUAACCAAUUUGAAAGAUCAGAGGAAAAGAGAUAUUUCAAAUAUCAGAAAAAACCAGAACACUUUCCAAAGAGGGGACCCAUUGUUCGCGUAUGCUAACAUGAUGAGAGCCAAGCCACAUUCUAAACAAGUGUCACAGAUUUCUGCUAUUCUUUUGGAGACUACCAAACUGCUUCUGAAAGGAGAAGUUCUUGCUGAAGAUGAAAAGUUACCGACACUGGAAACGCAUGUACUUCAGAGAAUAUUGCCUGAAAUUGACGUUUCCAAGUUCGUAAACAACUUUACGGCUUUCUUAUCAGAGGAUGGACAAACCUCACUGGAGGAAUGCUUACCGCAGAUGUUACCUUGUGAUCAUACCACCAAAUACCGAACUUAUUCUGCUUGGUGCAAUAACUUACGUUACCCUGCUUAUGCAAAUGGAUUUUCACCUCUUCGUCAUCUUCUGCCUCCUACAUAUGAGGAUGGUUUUGAUGCUCCGAGAUCAAGAGCCAAGAGUGGUAAACUUUUGCCGAAUGCUCGUCGGAUUUCAAACAUUGUUUGCGAAGAUCGCGAUAUCUCGCAUGUAAAAUUCACACACAUGGUCAUGCAGUUCGGCCAACUGCUCGAUCAUGAAAUGACUCAUUCCCCGACUGCACGAGGUCCUAACGAUGAAAUCUUGAAUUGCACUAGAUGUGAUUCACAUGAAACCAUAUCAGUGCAUUGUAUGCCGUUGAGAGUUGAAGAGAACGAUCCAUUUUUCCCAUCUAAAAACCAUCUGGGAGAACCAAGGUGUCUCCCAUUCGCUCGAUCACUGCUUGGACAAUUGAAUCUUGGAUACAGAAAUCAAAUAAAUCAACUCACAGCUUAUAUUGAUGGUUCUGUCAUAUAUGGAUCAACCAAUUGUGAAGCUAAACACCUUCGCUUGUUUACACGAGGACUUUUAAACUUCACCGACUUCGGAAAUGGUCAAAUGAUGCUACCACAAGGAUCACAAGAAAAGGAUUGUCGUUCAGCACCACAUCAACCAUGCUUUGUUGCCGGUGAUGAAAGGAACUCCCACCAGCCUGGUCUAACAGUUAUGCAUACGUUCUUCAUGAGAGAACACAAUAGAGUAGCUAUGCAACUUUCUACAUUGAAUCCACAUUGGACUGAUGAAUUAGUAUACCAGGAAGCCCGCCGUAUUGUGAUUGCUGAACUUCAACAUAUAUCCUUCGCCGAGUUUUUACCAAAAGUUAUCGGUUUCGAACUGAUGAAUCAAGAAAAACUGAUGCCUCUCAAAUCAGGAUACUUCACUGAAUAUGACGACAGAUGUGAUGCAGCAAUCUCCCAUCCGUUCGCAACGGCUGCUUUCAGAUUUGGUCAUACUCUGAUUCGAAGAAUGUUCCCGAGAAUGAAUUUCAAUUACAAGAAUAUGAGUGAACCAGUAGAUCUUGCUAAUCAUUUCGGCCAUGUAGGACCAUUAUAUGAGAAGGAAAACGGAGUUUCUGGUAUGGAUUCUAUGCUAAUGGGCUUGUUGGGCACUCCAUCUAUGGCUUUCGAUAGACACAUAACCAAUGCCGUCAGAAAUCAUCUCUUCAUGAGAAGAGGAGAAAAAACAAGUGGAAUGGACUUGAUAGCUUUGAACAUCCUUCGUGCAAGAGAUCAUGGUGUCCAACCUUAUAACGAUCUCCGAGAGUUCUGUGGCUUGAAACGAGCAAAAACAUUCGAAGACCUUAGAACUGAAAUUGAUGAUGAAGGAAUACAAGCUUUGAAAUCUGUUUACGAAAGCGUCGAUGACAUCGACCUUUUCCCAGGUCUUGUAUCAGAACGACCACGCAAAGGAGCUCUGCUCGGAACAACUAUGUCGUGUAUUUUGGCCGAGCAAUUCGGAAGACUGAAGCGAUGCGAUAGAUUCUUCUAUGAGAACGAUAAUGCAGCCGCUCGAUUCACCCCAGCCCAACUUAAUGAAAUUCGUAAAGUUAAACUAUCUUCAAUCUUCUGUGCCAACAGCAAAUAUUUGAAGACCAUACAACCUAAUGUAUUUGAUCAGCCAGACGAUUUGAUGAAUGCUCAAAUUAAAUGCGAAGAUGUUCCACAGAUGGACUUAAGCCCUUGGAAAGAUAGAAAGAGUUGUGAAAUGGAUGGACGAACUAUACCAAUGGGAGAGUCAGUUCAUAUGACUCCAUGUGUUACAUGUACAUGCACAACAGAAGGGGUCUCAUGUCAUCCACGAAUAGUGCAGAAUUGUGAAAAGUUAUCGCAUAAAUAUCUGUUAACUGACAUAUCCAAAGAUACAUCAUGUAUGAUCCAAUGCUCAGAAAUAAUGAAGCGCCGGUAA